CCGGGUACAAAAUUGAAUUGCAGAAAAGAAAGUGCAUGCUCCAAGUCAUUGACCGCGCACUUAAGAAAAGUAACGAAACUAUACCUGUAAUGUUUGCUCGUGUUACUCCAUGUCAGUUAUGUCUCUGCCGCAAAGCAACGCCGCUGGAGGGAUUCACGGGCUCCUCUUGAAACUCCACGAAUCACUCACAGAAGUCGAUAGUCGUCGUGCGUCUCUGAGAUGUCAGGAUCUUGUGGGAGACUUGGGGCAGACAUGCAUGCUAACACCCACCGACAAUGAACUCGCCUUACAGACAUCCUUGCUGUUUUCAAAAGACUAUGGGCUGCUCAUCUUCCUGAAGAAGUCAUUACCACAAGAUGAGCUUCGGGAGGCUCGAGUUAAGACUUUGUGUUUUUUGGAGAAGUUUUUGGACAAACUCUCUCCAAGGGUCAAAGGGUGGGAGAAGACGUACGCCGUUGAAAUAAGAGACACAUGUAUGAUGGUGUAUACAAAGGAAAAAGCAGCUAAAACUAGGACUGCUGUACUGGAGCUGCUUAUUAAGGUUCUCCUCACAACAAAAUCUUCCACUGUGGCAGCCGAGUUGAGAAUUGGUGACAUCUUCACAAAAUUUUACAGCGAACUUUGUCAAAAGAGCAAACUUCCAGAUUCUGUCCUUAGCAUCAUCUAUGAAUUGCUUGGAGUUGUUGCAGAGGUUCACCCUAGUGAGAUGGUCAACUACUCUGACAAACUUUACAAAGCGUAUCGGGGGGAGCUCAAAGAACAGAUGACUUCUACAACAAAGCAACCCAAACUUGGUGUAGUUGCUGGAUGUUUGAAAGGACUCAAUGCUCUCAUGGUUAAUUUCACUAAAACAAUGGAGGAAGAUCCAGUUAUAUCCAAUGAAAUCUUUCAAUAUGGUUUGAAGGCAAUUAAUCCACAGAUGGAAAUGAGUCGCUAUGCCGUCACUUUUGCCGGGCUGAGAUUGUUUGCCAGGCAUGCGUCCCAGUUCAGCAGCUGCCUCCUAACCCAUUACAGAGAGGUUUUUGAUGCCAUGUCCAAGCUCUGUGGUCACUAUAACGCUGAGAUGAAAAAGACCAGUUACUAUGCACUCGAAGCCUUCCUCAAGCAGGUUUCAGUGCUUGUAGCGGAAAAUAUUGAGGAGCACAAAAGCAAGUUGAAGUUCUUCAUGCAAAAGUUCUGCAGUAUUAUUAAAACCAUGGAGUCAACCCAGAAAGAACUGUCCAUUGCCAUCCGCGGAUAUGGAUUUUUUGCAGCUCCAUGCAAGAAGGUUUGCCCACAAGAUGUGGAAUUCAUGUACACAGAGCUGAUUCAACGCUGUAAACAGAUGUACCUGACUGAGUCUGAUGGGGAGGAUGAAAAUUUCUACCAACUGCCUAGCUUCCUAGACUCCAUUGCUAGUGUCCUGAUUCACCUGGACAAGGUUCCAGAGGUGUACACUCCACUACUGGAACGUCUUCUCGUGGUGCAGAUUGACAGCUACCCCCAGUACAGUGACAAAGUCCAAAUAGCUUGUUGCAAAUCAGUCAUCAAAGUGUUGGUGGCAAUGGCCUCCAAAGGACCUGUUCUAUGGAGUUUCAUUAGCUCUGUGGUGCACCAAGGAUUGAUUCGAGUCUGUUCCAAGCCAAUCAUGGUCCCCGAUGGCAAAGAAUCUGAAAACUAUUCGUCGGGCUCAUCUGACGUUCGUAUUGGGAAGUGGAAGGUUCCAUCCAGUAAGAAUUACCUUGCCCUGUACAAAGAUCUGCUCGACUGUCAUCGGCUGACGGAUUCAGGAUUUUUGGAUGGAGCAUAUGAAGGUCACAAUGCUGCUCUUGUGUCCUUGAGUCACAUUCUUUAUGAUGAGCUUGUCAAAUCACUUCUUCAGAUCAUCGAGAAAUUAGACUUGUCUUUGCAAAAAGUCACACCUGGAGAGGAAGCUGCUGAUGACAUGUCUCAUGUUGUGCCUUCCUCUGACCCCACCGCUCAUCUUUUGCCCAAUAAGUUGAAAGACUUUACAGCCUUUAUUAAUUUAGUCGACUUUUGCAGUGAGCUUUUGCUUUAUAAGCAUGUGGACUAUUUCCAGACUUGGAUGUACCCAUUCAGCCACAAAAUUAUCCUCCAUUCGAUCCGAAACCCACUUGUUAGUGGUUUUUACAAGUUGCUGUCCGUCACAAUGAAAAUUGCCAAGAAAAUAAAGUAUUACCAGGGAGUUGACCUCAGAAGCUCAACUUCAACUCAAGUUGAUACGGUUAGGAGUGCUUGUUUUGCUCUCCUCUCAAAGUUUGGAAAAGAGGUCUGUGUGAGAAUGAAGCAAUAUAAAGACGAGCUGCUGGCAUCCUGCUUGACAUUUGUCCUCUCACUGCACCACAACAUUGUUGCUGUGGACAUCAAGGUGUACUGUCCUGCUUUAGAGGCAGCUCUGAAGUUGGGCCUUAGUCAUAUUCCUUUGGCAAAUGCAGCCCUUGAUGCUCUGGAGGACUGGUCCAGGCACAUCCCAUUGGAGAGCAUGCAGCAUUGCUACAAGCUCGUCCUCCCUCUUCUGGAUGGAUACCUCAAAAGCAACUCCAGUGACAACCAAGAAGAUAGUGUGUGGGAAGUGAUGUCCUCUUCCUCCUCAAGAAGUAACAUUGGAUACAGCCGAGUGAUGACAAGACUCUUGAAGAAAUUCAACCAGCUUGCCAUGGAGGAUGCUCCUCUUUCCAUGGUCAGACUCAGGGUCGUGAAGUUGCUUGGUCACUUGGGUGGGAAACUCAACAGAAACCUUAUAACAGUGGUCUCAUCAGAGGAGAUGAUGAAGAAGUUUGUUGCCUGGGACACUGAGAAGAGGCUCAGCUUUGCUGUGCCAUUCACCGAUAUGAAGCCAGUCAUCUAUCUUGACCCUUUCCUGCCUCGGAUUAGCGAACUGGCUUUGUCCACAAGUGACAGACAAACCAAAGUUGCAGCUUGUGAGCUACUCCACAGCUUGGUCCUCUACAUGGUUGGGAAGAGUGCACAAAUGGUGGAAGGAGAGAACCGUUUACCACCCAUGUACAAGCUCCAUAAAAGACUCUUUCCUGUGCUGUUGCGUCUAGCCUGUGAUGUUGAUCAGGUGACAAGGCAGCUCUUUGAACCACUUGUUAUGCAACUAAUCCACUGGUUUACAAACAACAAGAAGUUUGAGAGUCAAGACACUGUAGCUGUGCUUGAAGCCAUUCUAGAUGGUGUUGUUGACUCCAAGGACAGCACUCUGAGGGAUUUCUCCGGCCGCUGCAUCGAAGAGUUUGUCAAAUGGUCCAUCAAACAAACCAGUCCCAAGCAGCAAGAGAAGAGCCCUACAAACAUGAAGUCACUGUUUAAGAGAAUCUACAGCUUGGCUCUCCAUCCCAAUGGCUUCAAAAGGCUGGGUGCAGCUUUAACCUUCAAUAGUAUCUACAGGCAAUUCAGGGAGGAAAAUUCCUUAGUGGAGCAAUUCAUCUUCGAAAUACUUGUUAUUUUUGUCGAGAGCCUGGCCCUAGCACACACAGAUGAGCGAUCAAUGGGUACACAGCAGCAGUGUAGCAGCGCUAUUGAUCACCUUAAACGGAUCAUCAAGUACAAGGCCCCUGUUCUUAAUCAGCACAGUGCUAAGAGACGCAUCCCAAGGGGAUUUCUACCUGAGGAAAAGCUGUGCCUGUCAGACUUUGUUUUAUGGCUUCUGGAACAAUGUGGUCGACCUCAGACUGAGUGUCGUCACAAAUGCUUGGAACUCUUCUAUGAAUUUGUGCCUCUCCUUCCAGGAAAUAAGUCUCCACCACAAUGGCUGGAGGGUGUGCUAAAUGACCGUGGCAUGGUUUUCCUGGUCUCAAAGUUUGAAGGUGGAGGUCUGCUCUCCCAACCGACUCUCAAGAACUUGGCCGGCCCAUUUAGCACAAGAGCUGCUCUGCAGUGGAUGGACCUUCUGCUGGCUGCUCUCGACUGCUACAACACCUUUAUCAGCCUGCAUAUCAUUAAACCUAAUCACAUGCUUAAUUCCAGGGAAGAAUCAAGGUUUCUGCAAGCUGUACAUUUCUUUUUGACUGAGCUUGCGACCCAAGAGCUGGCUGCAGCGGAGAGCUGCUUCCAUCAUGGUCAGAAGAACUCCCAGUUCAGUCCGAUAGAGGUGGACCAGUACAACUACAGCAAAUGUACAAUCAUUGUUCGUCUGCUGGAGUUUACCACCAUGGUCCUUGUCAAAGGAGACAAGGACUUUUGCAAGCUUCUGGAACAAGUUAUUUUCAUCCCCAUAUUUUUUGAGAUGACUGCCAUGGUGGUGUGUGAGCCAUCUUCUGUGGGUUUCAACAUGGCAGAUGUGGAUAUAAUAAAGAACCUACCCGAAGUAUGCAUUCCUCUUCUCAAAGCCCUGCUGGCCUCACCAUACCGUGCUCAUCUGGAAUGUAGCAUGAAGAAGAGAAUCUCUGAUAAAAGUGUUGAGGCACUAUGUACUGUAGACUUCUACCAGUCUGGGCACCAUGGACACCAUGAAAUGGUUCUGUCGUCUUGCAAGCAGAUUCACAAAGCUGGCUUCCUUGACUCCAUUCUGCAGAGCCAAAAUGCAGAUCCUGCCAAAUCACUACUGAUGACUGUAUAUAAUGGUAUAGCACUCGGUGACAGGAAGACACUUCCAUCUCUGGAUGUAAAUACCAAGAAGCUAGCUGAGGGCCUGCUUCAGCUUGCUUUUUCUCUCAGUCAAAUGGGUGAGCAGCUGCUGGACAUACUGCUGUCGGGAAGUCAGAGUUUCUUAAGCUACACCCAUGCCGAGUAUUUCUAUAGUCUCUUCCCGACGGCCAUUAACACUGAGCUGCUUCGAAACAUGAAUACUACAGUACCUCGUCUCAUGAUGGCCUCAUCUCUCAACCCCAGCAUGGUCAGCGUGUUGUUGAAUGGCAUGCUGGAUCACAGUUUUCGAGAGCGUGCUUAUCGCAAAAGUCAGGGAAAACAGCUGGUGGAGGAAGUGCUAAGAGGAUGGCAUAGACUUCAGUCAUGGUGGGGUGGACACGCUUCAAAUGCAGAGAGUAAAACUGCUACACUCAUGUUACUCUCGAAAGUUCUACAGAUUGAUUCAUCUGUGUGCUCCAAUGUCAACCACGAAGGGUUCAAACCUGUGUUUUCGACUUUUACCACACUUCUGGUGGAUGUGUCUCUACCACUUAAUCUCAAGAGUCAAGCCCUGCUGGUAUUGCCUUUCUUUACAACCCUUCCGGAGGAGCCACUGGCUGAGCUGGAGAAAGCACUUGAAUCCAUGGUGGCCACCCACUUUCCUAUGGAGUCUGAUGAAUUUGCAAAGGGGUCCCUUCACCGCAACAACUACAUGGACUGUAUUAGAAAGUUGCUUGAUGCCCUUGAAAUUUCUCAGAGCCCACUUCUACUCAAACUACUGGCUGGAGUUCUUUGUCGAGACAAAAAGCAUAUAAUGGAAGAGCAAUUUCAAACAUGCUUUCAAAGAACUGCUAAACGGCCAAGUAGUGAACGGCAGUUAAAGCUGCUGAGUACAGUAUAUGGAGUGAUCCAGCAGGGUGAUGUGCCAAGAAGCAGUGUGCUUCAAGGCAUGAUGGAGAGAGUUCUGCUACCUCUCGCCUGUCACUGUAGCACCAAGGCACUCAUUGACUUCUUUGUGGCAAAUGUUAAGGACAUCAUGGCCUUGCUUCUCAGUCGCUUCACCAAGGCAAGUGAAUCAGCAUUUGAGAUGCAGUUGUUAAAGAAGAAUGGCUGCUUCAAGCUGAUGGAACUCCUGUACUCCCGGCUACCCAAAGAGGAAGUUUAUUCUAAGGAAUCACGCAUCAAUUCAGCUUUCUGUGGUGCAGACAAUACAGAAGGGAACGAGCUGUCUAAGAAAUUACUCAAAACAUGUUUUGAAACAUUCACUGAAAACAUGGCUGGCGAGACUCAGUUCCUUGAGCUCAGGAGACAGUUCCACUGUGCUGCAUAUAACUGCGCCAUCGCUGCCAUCAGCUGCAGCUUUAAUGAGCUCAAAUUUUAUAAUGGAUUCCUCUUCAGUGAUAAACCGGAAAAGAACCAAUUCAUUUUGGAAAAUAUCAUUGACAUUGAAAGGAUGUACAACUUCCCGGUUGUCAUUGAGGUCCCUCUCGAGAGAAAGAAAAAAUAUACUAUGAUACGAAAAGAAGUGAGCGAAGAGAACGGAGAGGCACCAGUAUAUUUGUCCUCCCAGUCCUACAUGGCUGACAGCAGUCUGAGCGAAGAGAUGAGUCAGUUUGAUUUCUCCACUGGCGUUCAAAGCUUUUCCUACAGCUCUCAGAAACCUGCAGAAGAGAAACGCACUGUAACAAAAGUGAACGAGGAGGCACCUUAUUCCCCAGAAGCAGCAGUAGACCUGGAAAUGGAUGAGCUAAAUCAGCAUGAAUGUAUGGCAAACAUGACGGCGCUCAUCGGUCAUAUGCAAAGGAACAACAUAACUCCCAAAAUUGAACAGGGUAUUGUGCCUAGUGACCUUCCUCCGUGGAUGAAAUUUCUACAUGGAAAGCUGAUUAAUACAGCCACACCGCUGAAUAUAAGGCUUUUCAUUUCAAAGCUAAUCAUCAACACAGAGGAGGUCUUCAGACCAUAUGCCAAGCACUGGCUGGGGCCUCUUCUUCAGCUUGUUGUAUCCGGAAGCAACGGAGGAGAGGGCAUCCAUUUUAUGGUUGUGGAUAUUGUGGUUACUGUACUGUCUUGGACAAGCGUAGCAAGACCCAAGGGUAACGUCAAGGAUGAGGUGCUCGCUAAUCGGCUGUUAGAGUUCCUGAUGAAGCAUAGCUUUCAUCAAAAAAGAUCUGUGUUUCGUCAUAAUCUGGAAAUCAUCCGCACGCUGGUAGAGUGCUGGAAAGACUGCCUCUAUGUGCCUCACAGUCUGAUAUAUGAGCGCUUCUGUGGCACGGACCCAGAAAGUAAAGACAACUCUAUUGGACUUCAAUUGCUUGGAAUCAUCCUAGCCAACAACCUCUCUGCUUAUGAUGCCUCCUGUGGGAUUCAGUAUGAUAGGUACAUAAAGUCCCUCACCAACAACCUUACUUUUGUAAAGUAUAAAGAAGUCUAUUCUGCCGCUGCUGAGAUCAUUGGGCUUAUGCUGAAGAACAUGACUGGCGUUGAAAAUCAUCACCAAGAACUUUUCGAUCUUGCUGCAAAUCAGAUCACAAACCUGAAGAAAAAAGAGAUGAAUGACAAGUUCAUUAUUUGCAUGAGCAAAGUUUCAACGCAUUUUCCUCCAUUCAUGGAUAGGUUUGUCAAUCCUGUGUUCUACCAGCUGCCAAAAAUGCACGGCCUACUAAAAAUGAACUGUUUGGAGUGCGUGUUGAGUCGUGCUGAUGUCAUCCCGGAUAUUUUUUUGCAGCUUAAGACCACAGGAUUUAUUCAGAUUUUGAGCCAUAGGGAUGAAGCAGUGCAGAGAGUGUGUCUGGAAAUCAUUCACAAAAUUCUUGCUCGCCUGACUCCGCCUCAACUUCAGGAGUUCCUUGGAGCUGUGACAGCGUUUGUCUCCCACCCAUCACCGGUGUGCCGAGAGAAAAUGUAUGACAUCCUCAUGUGGAUCCAGGACAACUACAAUGAUGAAGAGAGCAUGUCUGACAACAUAUCGCUGGAAGUUUUGAAUACAGCAAAAGACGCGCUACUUCAAGGAUUGUCUGAGGAGAACCAGGGCCUUCAGCUGUAUGUCCGUAAUUUCUGGAGUCAGGAGAAGCGACUUCCAAAGACAACUCUAGAGCGAAUGAUGACCGUGCUUAAUUCAUUGUAUACAUGCCAAAUCGAGAGAUGCUUCUUAAGCUUGGCUACCAAUCUGCUGUUGGAAAUGACCAGUCAGAGUCCUGAUUUCAAACGAAACAUCUUUGAGUAUCCUCUUUCGGAAUGCACCUUCCAGGAUUAUUUGAUUGAUUCUAACUGGCGCUUCAGGAAUACGGUGAUGACUCCAAUGUUUAUUGAAACACAAAGCUCCCAAAAUCCUGAGAGCGUGUCACAGUCCCAAUCAGGAGAUAUGAAAGGGAAGCUUCGAGCAACUCAAACCUCACUUCAGUUUACCCAAACUCAAACAGCAGGUCGACACACAGCAUAUAACUGGCUUACUGGCAGCAGUGUGGACUCAUUUGCUGACUAUACAGUGUCCGAGUCACUGUCCUCCUUGAUUGUGUUUGAAAAGAAAGCAUUAAGGGAAAAUCGAGGAUGGCGAGCAGUUGGAGAAGGCUUUGGUCAACGCCGCCUCACUGCGUCAACAGACGAAGUGGACAGUAAGGCAAAUGCAGAGAAUGAGAACCGUAAGAAAAUCCUUCAAUUGAGACGCAGAUUUCUCAAGAACCAGGAUGAAAGCCUGAUUUUUGCACAAAAAGAAAUCCAAAAACAAAAACGUCUGAAGGAGCAAAAAGCUGACCAAAGACUGCGAAAGGAGGCUCAGGUGACUCUGUAUCGCAACUACAGAGUGGGAGACUUUCCAGAUGUCCAAAUCCCAUACAGUAGCCUUAUUGCUCCCCUUCAAGCGGUUGCACAGAGGGAUCCAAUUCUGGCCAAACAACUGUUCAGUUCACUGUUUACCGGCAUCCUUCAAGAAAUGGAAACACAGAAACCCAGGCAGCAAGCGAUUGAAAUCAAAGAGGACCUUCGUUGCACUUUGAAUAAAUUCCUUGACAAGAGUACACUCUGCUUCCUACCAUUUAUAGCAUGUGUGCAGGACAUGUGCUAUCGGCAUAAAGACCUGCUGCAUAUUGAUCCAUCGCUCAUCAGCUCCACAUGCCUUGCAAGUCUCCAGCAGCCAUCAGGGGUCCUACUACUGGAAGAAGGUCUGCUGCACGUUGGCAUCCAGGAUGAACCUCCUGCCAAAAGGUCACGGGGGCGCAAAGAAAUCCCUCCAGAUACCAAAAAAUGGGUUCACCUUGCAAGGCUUUACAGAGAUUUGGAGGAUUAUGAUGUCGUACGUGGCAUCUUUGCCGGUAAAGUUGGGACUAAGCCAAUCACCAGUGCUGCUCUUCAAGCUGAAGCCAGCACUGACUUUGCAGAAGCUGCAAAGCUCUACGAUGAGGCUCUUAACACAAAAGACUGGACUGAUGGCGAGCCCACCGAGUCUGAGAAGGACUUUUGGGAAAUAGCUGCAAUGGAAGCCUAUAAUCAUUUAACUGAAUGGAAAUCUCUUCAGUACUGUUCCACGUUUUACAUCAAUGAAAAUAGCCCAUCCAGCCUUGAGAACAUGUGGCUAGAGCCUCUCUACAAGGAAAUGUACCUACCGCACAUGAUCCGAAGCAUGCUAAAGCUUCUGCAGUUAGGUGAGCAAGACCAAAGUCUUCUCGGCUUCAUAGACCAAGCCAUGAAGGUGGAGGAGCGUAAAAAGCUACUGGAGAGUCAUUACAGCCAAGAACUCGGCUUACUUUACAUCCUGCAAGAGGACUAUGAUCGUGCUAAGUACUACACCAACUCUGCCAUGCAGCUUUUUGUGGAGAGUUACUCAAGCGUCGACACACUGCUGACUCAAAGUCGUCUUACCAUUCUGCAGUCUGUUCAGGCCUUGACUGAAAUCCAGGACUUCCUGCAGUUUAUCAAAGGAGAAGUGUCUGUGAGAUCCCUCAAGCAACUCAUCAGUACAUGGACUGAGCGAUAUCCUGAUGCUAAAAUGGAUCCGGUGAACAUCUGGGAUGAUAUAAUUACAUCUCGAUGUUUCUUCCUGGACAAAAUCAGACAAAAGCUUCAAAGCCAUCCAGACACCAACAGCAUGGAUUUGGAUGAUGAAGACGCAGCAGAAGACGUUAACACUUUAGUUAACAAUUGCAAGUUCAACAUGAAGCUGCACAUGGCUGAUAGCGCCAGGAAACAGAAUAACUUUUCUGUGGCCACCAAACUGAUGAAAGAACUUCACAAAGAUGCCAAAACAAACAAAAAAUGGCUGCUGCCGUGGGUCCACAGUUUUAGUCGUUACAGCCAUAAACGAAGCCAAACUCAGGGUCCUUUGGAGCAAGUCAGUAUCAUGUUGAAGACUGUCCCACUUUUGGAGGACAUUGAGGUUGACUGCCAAAGUCCUGAAGUGUAUAGACAUCAAAAGAUCCUUCAAGGAACAUCUUUCAACAUCUUGGCCAUGGCUGUACGCAGAAGUCCUUCAGUUCUGGAAACUAUUGAAGCGGACAAAGCAGAGAAAGUUGUCAGACUUUCACAAAGUGCUUGGCCUAUUCAAGAUCUGAAGGAAGUAGAAGAGGGAUUACAGUUGCGAGCACUGACACUAAUGCGUGAUGCCACCAGAAAGGCUGAUGAGGAGUUGCAGACUUAUAAAGGGGAUUGUGUGGAAACCAGCAGCAUUGUGGAAACAUACAUGUGUUUAGCUGAUUUCUGUGACAAACUGCUGCGUCAGGAGGAUCAGGGUUGCACAGAAAAUCAAUUUCCAGACCUCUUGACACUGCCAGUUUAUGUCGUGGAAAGCAUGUUGAAAGCCCUUGUGAUGAACUCUGAGGACGCGCGGCUCAAGUUCCCUCGUCUACUUCAGAUCAUUGAGUUGUAUCCUUCUGAGACAUUGGACUUGAUGACAAACAAGAUGGCAUCGGUCCCCUGCUGGAUGCUGAUUGGUUGGAUUAGUCAGAUGGUGGCUCUAUUGGACAAACCUCAAGCUGUGGCUGUGCAGCACUGCAUCGAGCAGAUAGCAGAAUGUUACCCUCAAGCUCUGGUUUACGCUUUAAUGAUCAGUAGUGAAAGUUAUCACUUUGAGGAAUCGGCUACUGGACAUCGACAGCAGGAAUUCGUUAAGAGGAUGAAUAGCAUGCUUGAUAAAGGAGGAGCUGCGAAGAACUUUAUGGAUGCGCUGCAACAGCUGACAAAUCCUGAUAUGAUUUUUAGGGAUUGGUGGGAAAAUGUGAAAAACCAAUUGGAAAAGAAGGGCUUUGACAACAAGAAAAUGGAGCACAUGUACAACGAAUUGUACUCCUUACUCGGGGAUAACAAUAAAGAUGGUCACGGGAUGUUUCGCAAGAGAUUUAUCAAAGAAUUUGCUAAAAAAGUGGAGGAUUUGCUUGGAAGUAAAGGCAGUGAGCUGUUUAAGAAGAGAAGAGACCAAAGCUUUAUAAAAAAGGUGGAAGAUUUGGCAGCGUCCAUGAAGAAAGUAUCGAAGGAACCUGGGAAUCUGAAGGAAUACUCACCCUGGCUGAGUGCAUUUCAGCCAGACCCAUUCAGAAAUGAGCUGGAGAUCCCAGGUCAAUAUGAUGGCAGAUCCAAACCUUUGCCAGAAUACCACGCCAAGAUUUCUGGAUUUGAUGAGAGGGUAAAGGUAAUGUCUUCCAUUCGCCGUCCCAAACGUCUGAUCAUCCGUGGCGACGACGAGCGUGACCACCCAUUCCUGGUGAAGGGCGGCGAGGACCUUAGACAGGAUCAGCGCAUUGAGCAGCUUUUUACCGUCAUGAACAUUUUGCUGAGUCACGAUGCCUCUUGCGCUCGCAGAGGCCUGCAGCUCCGCACAUACCAAGUGAUUCCCAUCAAUACGAGAAUUGGACUAAUUGAAUGGAUGGAAAACACGUGUACCUUGAAGGAGUUUCUGUACACCACGAUGACAGAAGAGGAGAAACUCUAUACAGAGAACUGUUGUGCCAUCUACAGUAAAUGGAUGUCCACCUUUUCCACAAAACCAGGCGAGCAUAUCAUGAAACUUUAUCCCCUAGCUUACAGAAAAGCAAAACGCGCCGAUGCCAUCAACACCUUUUCCAAAGUUCUGCAGUGCGUGCCUGCAGAUCUUCUCAAGAGAGCUUUCCUAAAGAUGUGCAACAGUCCCGAGGCCUUUCUCUCCCUGCGCUCACACUUCAUCAGCUCUCACGCGUUACUGUGCAUUAGCCAUUGGGUGCUCGGCAUCGGGGACCGCCAUCUCUCCAACUUCAUGAUUAACACAGAAACAGGAGGCAUGAUUGGCAUUGACUUUGGUCACGCGUUUGGGUCAGCCACACAGUUCCUUGCAGUCCCUGAGCUCAUGCCUUUCCGGCUGACCAGACAGUUUGUGAAUCUGAUGCAACCACUGAAGGAGUCUGGUUUGAUCCAGAGUGUCAUGGUGCACUCUCUCCGAGCAUACAGAAACGAGCCGGACCUGCUGCUCAACACCAUGGAUGUGUUUGUCAAGGAACCGUCACUAGACUGGAAGAACUUUGAAUUGAAGCAAUUGAAGAAAGGAGGUACAUGGAAGGAGAGCGUGGAUACCAAAGAAAUCAACUGGUAUCCUUUACAGAGGGUGAACUUCGCAAGACAAAAACUAGAGGGUGCAAAUCCUGCUGCUAUAACCAGUGAGGAGCUAAAACUGGGCUUUGAAAAGGACCCGGCUUUCCAGGGAAUGCAGUCGGUCGCUUUGGGGACACCGGAGUACAACAUCCGUGCAAGGGAACCGUCCUCGGGUCUGUCCGUGGAAAAACAGGUGGACUGUCUACUCGACCAAGCUACGGACGCGAACGUGCUUGCCAGAGUGUGGAUUGGUUGGGAGCCCUGGUUCUAACAACUCGUGUUUGUCGUAAGCAUGAACAGGUUUGGCGGGUGCCGUUCCUAAAACUGCUUAUGCAUUGUGCCAAUAAGCCUUAGGUUGGAAAAAAGGCAAAUAACAGUCAAAGCAUUAUGCUAUGCUAGUAACUUAGCCUUUAGCGGUCACAUGGUUGGGCCUUAAUUUUUAUAUGAUCAAAGAAAAAGUAUAUGUCAUUAGUGCACUUUGCUUUAUCAACAUAUCUAGAAUGUUUCAUUGGAUUGGUUUGUAUUUUAAACACACCAAAAAAUGGUCUCUGUGAUCUUGGUACAUAGUUUGUCCAAUUGUAGCUGCUUGGAAGUUGUCUGAAAACAGACCUGUUUCGAUAAGUUACUUAACUUGUUGUCUUGUGUUUAAUUUGAAGAAGAGUAUUGGUAAUCUUGUCCUGGUAAUUACGAAUAAAUGUUAAAAAUAUUUGGAGUUUUAUUCAAAUGCUAAACCGAGAAAAUAUUGAUAUAUCUUAACAGAGGCACUGUAUUUGUAUUCAGGUACGUACUAGCCAUCUAGACAUUUUGGUGCCGAGGAACUGUAUGUUAAAGUGAGUGGAGGAGCUUCAUUUAAGCACCAUAAUGGAGGUCUCAAGACUGCUCCUAAAUGUGGGGAUUUCACCCCUAAAAUUUGACACAACGCAAGUAAGUUUUUCAUCUACUUACACCUGAGCAAGUAGGACUCAGAUUUAAUUUUUUAAAAGAAAACAUUAUUCAUGAUUUUCUGGUUGACAAACUAUUCCAUACUUAAGCCUAAUUGUUGGCAGCAAUGCGCAAAUAAGUUGCUAAAGCAUUGCAUUUAUCAGUAAUAUAAUAAAAAAUAGUGGAAAUGAAAAUAUUGACAGGGUUCCUCCAGUUCAUGAAAAGUUAAAUUCAAGACAUAUUAAUGUUGUUUGAGACCAACUUGACAACAAACCAAAAUUGUGGGCAGGAGCACGCACGACAGGACAUCAAUGAGUGUGAUUUAGUCAUUGCUAAAAGUCACACCCAAUCAAUCGUAUGAUAUCCUACAAGUGGAGCGACAUAAAAAACAGUAAGAAUGUAAUGGUAUACAAACUUUCAAAUGCUGUAGGAAAAAAGCCUAGUUGUUUUUCCUGUUGUACUUAACCCUCACGGGACCAUGACCCCUGUACCGAGGUACGUACUGAACCAUGACUUGUGUGCACCGUCACACUCCUAAUAUAUAUAGAUAUGGAGGAAAACACAGACAAGACUGAAAAAGCAGUUUCUGCUCUUGCACUCCUCUUUAAAAGAAACUGCUUUAUUUUAAGCCAAAACAACUGUUGUGUUUGAUAGAACAAUAUGUCUAUAUGCUGCCAUAGCAGAUUCUUGGCGAAUUAAGCCCCCGAACUAUUUUUAAUUUGCCCGUUUUACCCUGGAAACCCCCGUUUACAGACGUCGCGCAACCGUUUUUUGUUUCAACCCUGCCAUGAAAACAAGGUAAGUAAUUAUAUUUAUUAUUCAAAAUGUCGGUAAUUUUGAGCUUAAAAUCAUUAAUUGAUGUCUAAUAUUUUGUUAAAAAAAAAAAAAAAACGACUUUAAAAAAUUCUUCACUCGCAUAUUUUCAAACUUUUCCAGGGUACCCACAGGUUAUUAAAAGUAUUAAAAAAGCAUUGAAUUUAGUUUUCCAUUAUUAAAGGUAUUAAAAGCAUUAAAUUAGCUGUCGUAAGUCUGGAAUUUUUUCACCGUGGUUUUAAUUUUCAAGAACAUCUCAGUUCUUCUUACGAUGCGCUGUACCUCGUGCGUGCGCGCCGUUAGCAUCAUUAGCAUUAACAUCACAACACCAGGCAAUCGCAGAGUACUGUGUGCUAACGCAAGGAACUGCUCAGAUGCCUUAGUUGUUAUGUUUGACGAAAGCCUCAACAAGACAACCAAGUCCAAACAGUUGGACCAGCAUGUGAGGUAUUGGAUCGGCGACCAAGUCGCAUCCAGAUACUUUGGGUCGCAGUUUAUGGGUCAUGCGAAGGCAGCGGACCUGCUUAACAUAUCAAAGUAAGUUGUCAAUUUCUCCAAUUAAAAUGUGUUAGAUACAAUAAUGUAUUUCUGCACGGUUUGCCUUUCGAAAGAAUGUGAAUUUCGCAGUUUUAACUCAAGAGUUAGCCAUGUUCAAUGGGGUAUUGGCAGGUGCAUUAGCCUUAGCAUGGAUAAACCGGAGUCGUAGAUUCACCAUCACUCUCAGAUACACAACACGGUUGACACUGUCUAUUAUUGGAACGGGUGUGGGGUAACUACUAACGUUGAUCUGAAUAACAUGGCAUGGUGAUAGGCAAAUUAUAAUGUAGGUGAUAGUAAAACACCACCUGGUAUAUUUAAAUGUUUUUCUUGAUUAAAUAAGAGUAUGGAUUUUCUCUAUCUGAUUAAAAGAAAUGUCUUCAAUAGCUAACAAAGGAUUAACAUGUAUUUUUUAUACUUCUUAUAAUGUGAUUAGAAAAAAACAAUUACCAAGGGAAAUGGUCAUGUGUAGCUUUUUUAUUUUGUGGUAAUUAAUGGUAAACUACUGCCAUUUAGUGGCUGUUUUUUAAACUUUCACUGCCAAUUGCAAGCACUUUACAGUUAAGGUGGCCAACUUGACAAUCACCUACCUACCACCUUGACUAGGUCCUCUUAAAAGGGAAACCUGUUGUAUUGCAAAUGUAAUUUCUGAAGUUGCUUUACAAUAAUAGUGUAAAAUCCAUUUUAUCCUGGAAAAAAAAUUCUGAAAAACCUUAUAUUUAAAUGUGUUUUAAUUGUAUCUUUAAUAAAUGUGCAUUCUUUUGUCAAACACACUUAGUAAUUGAGGUUAAAUUUGAUGUUCCGUGCUUUAUUUUUUUAAUAUGAUUCAAUAUUAUCUAAAUAAUGGGUGCGAGAAAAGUAUUCAUUUUCAGUUGAAAUGGCAUUAAAAAGGUCUUAAAAGUCUUGAAUUUAGAUUUAUCAAUCCCUGAGGGACCCUAUUUUAAACAAAUUGCAUCACAAUGAAAAAAAUGGCGUCUGUAAAAAAGUCACAGAUAUCUACCUCAUAACUAUCGCUAAAUUGUAUUUUUUUGUUACUGUCGUAUUUUCCCCGAUAUGUUAGAUGAUAAUCGAUCCAAACAAAGAAAAACUGAAAAAGAAAAGUUUAAAAGGGUAAAUAUAUGAAAAAGAAAAUCUCGACCACUCCUUGAUGUCUCUGAUUUCUGCAUAGCGACCCUUGUUAUAUUACCAUGUUUCACCCAUAAAAUCCCCCAAAAAUCCAGCUGUGGCCACCAGCACGUACAGGUAAGUACGCGAUAAUAUCUCAUUAAAGUCAUGGCGUCUGCAAUUCUGCUCUCGCGUGCUCUCACCUCCAGAUAGGGUUUUGCUGUUUAAAAAUGCCCUCCUGUUGAAAAAUUUCUCCCCCCAGAAAAUUGAGAUUUUAAGCUUUCCAAUUAUGUAUCACACAUGCAUACCGGAGAAUUUUGAAAGUUGGCCAAAUUGGGGCUCUCAGAGCAGAACUUGAAGUCACCUGAUGUUUUCCGCCAUAUAUAGAUAUAUUUUUCAAUAUCCAGGUGAGGCCCUAAAUCUCUUCCAUUUCUUAUCUUUGUCGCACAAGGUUUAUGGAUACGUCAUUCAAGAAAAGUUUAGGGCAAGUGACUUUUUGGUAAUAAAAAACAAUAUUAUAUUGUAGCAUCUAAAAGGACAACGCCCACUGGACAGGAAAACACUCCAUUAUUUUCAAUUAAUUGUACCCACCUGAACGCCACAAACUGUAUGUAUUAAAAAAAAAAAAAAAAGUUGCCCGUGAGUUUUAAGAUGACACUUGCCACGCUAAAUGCUAAUGCAACCGAGAACGCAAAUGCUAUGCUAACUCUCAGAGCCUCCUAGCAUCGCAACCGUCUUCCCUCGUUCUUCCUCGUCCUCUGUUCUCUCCGUGUCUCGCGCGUCAUUCACCCAAAUUGUAGUAACGAGAGCCUUCACAUCCUUAGUAAGAUGGGAAAAUUAGAUUACUCACUAUUGACAAACAUAACGCCGUUAUUAACAACACUGUUUGUCGAUCAAUAAGUCCGUUGCUGAUGUAGUAUACUGGUUGAUGUCAAAACUGAUAAAUUAGUUUCAUAAAUUGGUAAUUUUAUGCAUUAUCUUGAAAGUAUCGGUUAAACCAGGGGUGUCCAAACUUUUUGCAAAGGGGGCCAGAUUUGGUGUGGUAAAAAUGUGGAGGGCCGACCUUGGCUGACGUCCUUUACGUAGAACAAUAUAUUUAAGGAAAUGUUAGCAAGCCAUUCUGUGUGUCACAUUUGCGUUAUUUUUUUUUUGUGCUGAAACGAUGAAUCGAUUAACUCCAGUAUUCGAUUAAAGAAAAAAGAUUUGAAUUAAAUUUUGCUGCUUCGAGUAUUCGUUUAAUUAAAGUAAUACACUGCUCUCUAGUCUGCCUCAUUUCACAUGGCUGAAUCCAGCUGCUCCAUGUUAAAACCAACAUAAGUUUUUGUUUGAGCUGAUUUUUUUUUUA